UUUUGGCUGGAGCACCACGUCGAGUUCCACCAUCUCUAUGUCACUUUAUUUAUGGAGAAGACGAGUAUGAUGCAGAUCAGGGUCUGAAUCAUGUGGAGGAAAGCCAGGAUUUCCGGCUACCCCUGGCGCUGGCAGCAAGGAGAGAACUUCGAGGUCAGCGAAGAGAGUGAGGGCUCUCCAAGUACUAGUAGCUACUCGAUAUUAGAGCCCCUCGUACCCGGAGAGUACAUCGGAAACCUUCCACGGGAAUCUCGAGAGGCAAUACACAUGAAACGGAAGUUGUCAAAGUUCUUGGAUUUCAACCACAACAACACCUCUGGCGAGUACGUUCGUCAUUCAGUCACCGAAGUCCCUGUGAACCCCGGACUGCAAAUUCAAGACUAUGGACUCGUCGGUCUUCCCAUCACCGACAAGAUGGCUACCUCUCUUCUCCAAUAUCAUCGGGCUCUGAACAAAACGUCUGACGGCGAUCUGGCGGUCUUCGGCGAGCGUGACAUAGAUUUCAUCAACAACCAAUGGACGUCGGCCUCGGAAAGCGCUCUGACGACAUUUACGGAAGUGCUGUACCCAGGGUCCGAGAUAACUACUCUUGUCAACCCUCGAUUCCUCUUGUGUACUAGCGACAGCGACCUCGAUACAGCAUCCAGUAGAUUUAGGUCACCUGACGUGCUGGGCACGUGCAUGUUCACACUGCCUUCGGUCCACCAGGGAUACAGAAUCGAGCUCACCAAUGAGACAGGGCGAGAAACGCUUUCCUCUGGUGCCAGAGAUUGCUUCUCAAGCUUGGGGGUUGCGUGGCUGCGAGACACGAAAGCCAGACUAUCUGGUCUAGCGCGGGGAUGUUUUGCCGCUUUGAUUUACGACAUUGACAAUACCUACCGCCGCCGCGAUCAAUCGUCGACCGCACGACAAAUCCACAAGCGUACAAUGAGGCUCCGAGGACUCGUGGCAGAGUGGUUUGAAGCACCGACUGAUAUAAUUGGUACUGCGACCAGCUUGGCGUACAGGCUACCAAAUCUCUAUAACAACGAGGAGCAGCUUACCAUAGGAAAGUUGGACCCUUGUGACCGCGCUUUGAUCAGGAUUUUGGACAAGGCCUGCGAUGGCACUCCUUACACCAUUUGCUUGGCCAGUAUGACAAGGACAAUCACUGAAGACGUGUGCGGCGACCCGGAAAAUAAAGUCGAAUGCCCUUCAAAAGGUAUUGAUUACUUCGCAAUUGACUCUACCCGAUUGGUCAUGGUUUCGGAUCUCCAAGGACAUGUUAUAGCAAAGAAUGCUGAAUUCGACAAGACCUGGCUCGUUCAGGACGACGUCUACGAGAAGGAUCGCGAACCAAACCUUGAUGACGACGAAAGGGAUGAAAACGACCCGGACCAUUCAGAGGAAGAGUUCGAGGAAGGCCCCCGGCGCCACCAGUAUGAUGACACGGUUGUCCUGAUCUUGACGCAAAAAGAUCUUGUGAAUUUGCUUGUUUGUCAUGGACUAUCUUCUGAGGCUGAGCGAGCUAAAAGCAUCCAAGAAGCCCACAAGAGGUGCAAAAAUGAACCCGACGAUCGGGCGAAAUCGCUUUUCCUACAAGCACUUUGCAGACGGAUGCUUGACAAGGUAGAAGAGGAAAUGGAAAAGGAAAAGAAGAGGGCGCAUUCUGACUACAGGAUUUCCAACUCCUUUUACAACCCGAUUAUAGCAGCUGGUGCGGCCCAGAAGCCAAAACAGGACGUUCUUUUCCAUAUCAUCGAUGCCAUCGCGGAGCAACCCAAAGAAGCUACAAUAGUAGAGAUCUUGCGGAAGGCCAUCGAAAUGUUGGAGAUCACGCAAGAGGAAGAUCUCGACAAGAUCAUUGGCAUCCUGACGGUCAUCGAUUUCGAGCCGAUUGCUUACAGCCUAAAUCAGCCGUUCAGACGCAUACUUCAGCUGAAGGAUCGACAUGAGCGCAUCCAGGCCCUUGAACGUCGAUGCCUGCAGUCGGUGCCUUCAGCACACCCGCAACUGAGAGACUGGGCUGCAGAGCACCUAGCAGAGUUCUACUGCUUACGCUCUCAGAGCGAUAUCAAUGUCGUAGUCGAUGCACAGCUGCUUGCUCAAUUGGCGCUGUCAUACCGAAACAGCUUCAUGGAUGUGUUCCUGGCACCAGGAAUUGGCAUCGAUUGUUGUGAAGCACUGUUACGCGGUUUAUUACGGAUUCAAAAGAGUGACGCCGACGCCGACGCCUUCGUAAAGGCUCAAAUUCCUGCCAUAGUCCAGACUCUCAUCACGCUGCUGAAGUCGGGAGAGAUCUGCGUCCGCACUCCUAUCGCCAAGUUGAUCGUGGACGCCAGCACCCUUGACACCGGCCUCUGCAACGCUCUAGUCAGUGCGAUGCUGGACUCACCUGCCAUGAGAAGCAGGCAAGGAGGUACUAGUCCUACAAGUAUCCCGGCUGUGUUCGAAAACCAGCUGCAAGACAUCAUCGAGUUGCAAGCUGCGGGCAUACCACCCGAUCACAGAUCGAUAAUUGCCGGUCUUCUCGAGUCCUUGGCCACAAACUUCUACGUUUUCCAAGUCGGUCGGCCUCCCCAGAAAUAUCCCAACCUGCAACGGAUGCCCUGCCUGUGCUUAUGGCAUUCGCCGCAAGGACAAGAAGUCAAUCGAUUCCUCCAAGAUCCCAAAGCGGGGGAGUUCAUCAGCGUCGCGUGGGAUUCGAGGACGCGUGACGAUAUCAUGCGGCUGUUACAAUCGGAAGACCGAGACCUGACAGUGCGUAUUGACAAGGUCCGCCCCAGAAGUUACGGUACGUACCAAAUGCAUCUACGAAAGGUCGACCGUGUCUGGGAGAAAGCCUGGGACACAUGGUGCGGCAGGCGCAGCCAAUACCUAGGUAUGCUUAAUCAACUGGUCAGUCAGAGCUUUCUACAAGGCGACCGGCACCAGUUCUUGAGGAUAGAAGACUUGCAGAUCAUGGAGAGCCGCGUUCUACCUCAGGAUGGUCCGCUUUACCCCAACAAAUACUUCAUUUGGUCCUUGUCACCAACGACAACACCGGCCGAGCUCACCGCCAUGAUCGAGAAGCAAGGGGGCAGAGUCGUCUCGAUCGAAGAAAUCGAUGGUCCUGACGUGAUAGGCAUCAACGCCAGCUCAGCAGCACCACUCAACUUCGCGGGGAGUCCGCUUCGUUACUGGCAGCCGAGGAUUGUCUCCGAAGACGAAAUGCUCCGCGUGCUUCGAGAGUGUCAAGAAAAGGCCUCGACUGUCGAUGGAAAGCGCAAAGUCGACAAUAUGGAUCACGACCCUCUCACCGAGGACGCCAACUCUGAUGGCCCAAAUAAGCGGCGUAAGACACACGACGACGGAGUCGAGAUAAUCGACCUAGUCGAUGACUGAGUAUUGCUGGCGCCUUCACUACGAUGACGGAGCAUUCCUGAUGUCUCUGCGGGCGCCUUUUGAAGAGUGGGAAAAUUGAUGAUAACCUGGAAAAUUGUAAAGAUAGGAUACCCUUUCCUGGCGCAUUUUUAUAUCGAUGUUUUCCUUGUCUGAUGUAUAUUCUGGGUCGGGUCCCCUACACGGUGGCACGAGGGUGGUUCUGGCGUUAUAGGGCCGGAGAAAACAAGGACCAUUCUGAAUCUUGAUCUUGAUCAUCUUAUGUCUGCGAUCUGCUACCAACGCAAUCAAAAGAACACGUCUGAAGCACGCGAGAUAUUCAAC